CCUGCGAUCAGCUGUCCCUUGGGGUGGCUGCCAUCUUCGGACCAUCCCAUAGCUCCUCAGCUAAUGCUGUGCAAUCCAUCUGCAACGCUUUGGGUGUUCCACAUAUCCAGACCCGCUGGAAACAUCAGGUGUCAGACAACAAGGACUCCUUCUAUGUCAGCCUCUAUCCAGAUUUCUCUUCACUCAGCCGUGCCAUCCUUGACCUUGUGCAGUUCUUCAAGUGGAAAACAGUUACCGUUGUUUAUGAUGACAGCACUGGCCUUAUUCGAUUACAAGAGCUCAUCAAGGCUCCAUCACGAUACAACCUGAGACUAAAAAUCCGUCAGUUACCAGCUGACACGAAAGAUGCAAAGCCAUUGCUAAAGGAAAUGAAAAGAGGCAAAGAAUUCCAUGUAAUCUUUGACUGCAGCCAUGAAAUGGCAGCAGGCAUCUUGAAACAGGCUUUAGCUAUGGGAAUGAUGACAGAAUACUAUCACUAUAUCUUUACCACACUGGACCUUUUUGCCUUGGAUGUGGAACCCUAUCGAUAUAGUGGUGUUAAUAUGACUGGAUUCAGAAUUCUAAACACGGAAAAUACUCAGGUGUCAUCUAUCAUUGAAAAGUGGUCUAUGGAGCGAUUGCAAGCACCUCCUAAGCCUGAUUCAGGUUUGCUGGAUGGAUUUAUGACG